GGGAGCGAGUGAUAGAGAGAGAGGGAGAGAGAGAAAGAGAGAGAGAGAGAGAGAGAGACUGCAGCUCAUGUCCUCUUGUAUAUCAGCUCUCUUACAUAAACAUACAUCAGGGGGAAAUAUUUGGAAUAAUUAAGUAGAGAAGCAGAAAAGGAACCAGAGAAGUGAGAGGAUUAAAAGAGAAAAGACGAGAGCCAAACAGACUGAGAAAAGAGAGAAGGAGGAAAGAGAGACGAGAGAAGAAGGAGGCAGGCGGAGGAUGGAGAUGUUGCUGAAUUCGUCCUCUUCGAUAUAAUGAAUCAACAGUUCUGAAUUUAGUAACAGAUGUUUUGUGGAUCUUCACAUCAGCGGUCAGAUGACACUGAGUGAUUGGCACCAUCCACGCCGAUAAACAUGAAAGUCUACGUAACGGCGCUCUCGUUUAUCACCAUAUCGAUCUGUUUUAGCGAGACGUUUGAUGUUUAUGAGGAAGUUUGUGGACGGUUGUGUGUUUGCGAAGAAAAAGAUGGAAUUUCGAUAACCAGCUGUGAAAGACGAGGAAUCGUGAGUCUCUCUGAAGUCGGAUCUCUGCGCUUCGACACACAUCAUCUGUUUCUCACAGGAAAUCUGCUGAAAAAACUUUCCUUUGAUGAUUUCUCACGUUAUGAGGGACUCAGGAUUUUACACCUGGGCAGUAAUGACAUAGCUGAAAUAGAGACCGGGGCUUUUAAUGGACUCGGCAUACUAAAGCGCUUACACUUAAACAACAACAGGAUCGAGGUGCUCAGAGAUGAUACUUUUACUGGCCUGGAAAGUCUAGAAUACCUUCAAGUAGACAAUAAUUACAUUCGCUGCAUUGAGUCCAACACCUUCAGUGGGUUACGAUGUCUGGACGUGCUGAUUUUGAAUGAUAACCUGCUGGGUUUCUUGCCCCAAAAUGUUUUCCAAUCUGUUUCUUUGACCCACCUAGAUCUCAGAGGGAACCAGCUUAAGGUUCUUCCUUAUCAUGGACUUCUUGAACAUUUAUCCAAAAUUGUGGAAAUACAACUAGAAGAGAAUCCUUGGAACUGUACUUGUGAGCUUAUUGGCCUCAAAGGCUGGCUCGAAAGCAUAUCGUACACGGCGUUAGCAGGAGACGUAGUGUGUGAAACUCCUUUCCGGCUUCACGGAAGGGACCUCGACGUGAUCUCCAAGCAGGAGCUGUGCCCAAGAAGAGCCGUAGCUGAAUAUGAGAUAGGUGCCGAAGGAUUUCACAAACCUGAGGCGAUCGCUUCUUCGAAUAUUGUCCGUGCUACACAACCCACGAGGAGCAGUCGUCAGUCAGGGAAGCUGCGUACCAGACCGACACCGAGGGUUUCAUCCAGCAAUCCAAAGAAUUAUGGGCCAGUGGCAGGAUACCAAACCAAACCUCCAGUCUCUCCUGAGUGUCCCACCGUAUGCUCCUGUAAUCUCCAGAUUUCAGAUCUCGGCUUGAACGUGAACUGCCAAGAGAGGAAAAUUGAAUGCAUCUUGGAUCUGAAUCCCAAACCAUAUAAUCCAAAAAAGAUGUAUCUCACAGGAAACUACAUCAGCUCUUUGCACAGUACAGAUUUCGUGGACACUACGGGCUUGGAUCUGCUUCACUUGGGCAAUAAUCGGAUAUCCGUCGUUCAUAGCAAAACAUUUGCAGAGCUACAUAACUUACGGAGACUUUAUUUAAAUGGAAACUUAAUAGAGCGUCUUACGGACGAUAUGUUCUCGGGCUUAGAGCGUCUCCAGUUUCUCUACUUGGAGUACAACGUGAUCAGAGAGAUAGAACCUGCGACCUUUGUGCAAGUACCCAAUCUUCAACUUUUAUUCCUCAACAAUAACCUUCUCAAAACUUUGCCACUGGGAGUUUUCAUGGGUUCAAACUUGGCACGGUUGAAUCUGCGCAACAAUCACCUACGAUAUGUGCCAGUGGACGGGGUUUUGGCAGAUUUGACGUCUUUGGUGCAGAUAGAUCUGUUCGAGAACCCCUGGGAUUGCUCCUGCUUAGUUGUGGAAAUGAAAAAAUGGCUGGAGGAGCUCAGUUCUGGAACCGUGGUGAACGAUGUGAUUUGCGAAUCGCCAACAAAAUUCAGUGGAGAGGAUUUACGCUCGGUUCAUCCCUCUGAACUUUGUCCUGUUGUGGCUAAAAGUCAAACGUCCCUGCUUCCACCAUCAGAAGAAUCCUUCCCAGGCAGCACUGUUACUUUAAAGACGACGCUGGAUUACGAUCCACUAGAUCCCACGGUUCCUCUUUCCGUGCUCAUUCUCACUUUGCUCCUUAUUUUCAUUGCGACUGUAUUCGUCACCGCUGGUCUGUUCACCAUGUUCAAGAUAAAACGCCACAAAAAGAACAAGAGCAAAAACACGGACUCCAGGUCCUUCGACAUAAUUUACGUUGACAGACCGGUAGCAAAGAUCAGGACUUCGGCAGGUCACAUUUAUGAAUAUGUCCCUACUCUUCCAGUGUCUAAGUGUCCAACAGAUGUUGUUCUGGAAGAAAGGUACAGUGAUUUUGAGGAGCAACAUGCUUUGUCAUACAACUCGGAUGAGGAACUGAGAAGCAUCGUGAACAGUUCCGAGUUCAGUGCGAGUAACAGACCUUCACCUCUACGAGACCAUAAUCUUUUCUAUCGAGACAUCCUGGGACGAAGCCACCAAGGCACCUGUAGGUCCGGUUUACCGUGCAAUCACAAUACAACACUGUACUCAUCUGAUUAUAUCGCACCUCACUAUUUACAUUCAGAAAGAAUACAACAAACAGUGAUGUACAUGAAGCCCAACAGUGCUGAAUACUGGGAGUUAAAAGCACAGCCGAAGUUUGAGCCUGAUUAUCUGGAAGUUCACGAGAAAAGGACAGCAUUCAGUCAGUUCUGAGUUUUGUGUCUUAGUUAAUAUCACCGCCGAUGUGUGAAAGGCUUCUGAGAAUAACUCAUAGGAGUCUAAGACGGAAAACGUUUUAUAAAGAGCAAGUAAAAGUAAAAAUCUUCAGAGUAGAUCUUCAUCAUGAUGGAUGACAUUUUCAGCACAUUAACAUGGUGCCAAGCAGUGGACGUGGACCAGGAAAAUCACAACGACGCCACCUGCUGUUCAUGAAAGAAGAAGAAGAAUAUCUACCAAAGGGGUCCGUGCACUCUCGUCUUUUUAAAUAGUCCAUUUUAUACCAGAUGCCCUUCCUGAUGCAACACUAACAUUUUUAUCCAGACAGUUAACUCUUCAGUGGCUGAGUUAGUUCCCAGCCCAGGAAGCACAGGAUCCUGCUGCUGGACCACCCGGGAGACCUGCUAGAUCCGGAACAAUAAAGGCACCAAACCUUUCAUGAACAAACCGUUCAGGUUUCAUGAAAGUAGCUCAACAGAUAAUCUUGUCAAAUGCUUACUGAAUGCUGAUUGGCUGGUGAUGGCUAUGAUUUUUAAAUGAUCAUCAGAACUCGGCGUACAGUUUGGCACAAAGACGCAGUACACCAAAUCUUCCUAAUCUUACUUACUCUUCCUGAUAAUCUCCACUUGACUCCACCAGCGAAGAUUUAUAAAUGAUGAUAUAAAACGAGUAUCUAACGCAGUGAGGAGUUUUCAGCUGAAACAGCUAUUUUUAGCUUGUCCACCAUGCAGUACAUCUGAUAAGCAUUUGAUGUGGAAGUCAUUCAUCUAGAAGAUUUUGCAGAGUCAGAAAAACCCCGGGGUUUAUUGCAAUUAAAGAUUCCAAAAAGGUUCAGCGAUGUUGUACAGUGAGGUAUCUGGGGAUGUUCCUUUAAUGGUCAGUUUGUUUGAUCAUACUGAUGGUGUGUCUGAAGGUUUAUUUUAGUUUUAGGUGGCAUAGUGGUUAGCACGUUCGCCUCACGCCUCCAGGGUCGGGGUUCGAUUCCCACCUCCGCCUCGUGUGUGUGGAGUUUGCAUGUUCUCCCCGUGCCU